UCGUUCCCCGGUGGAAUGAAAGUCGAACCGUUUUUUUUUUUUUUCAGCUCCCUUCUUCUUUCGAGUCCACGUCGAGUGAAAUUGGCUUUUGCCGUCGCCUGUACCUGCCCCGAUCGCUACAAACACCGCGUUAAGCUCGCGCGAGACACACGCUACGCUCGUGCGCUCGGUGGCACGCUGUCAUCUUCUCCCACUUUUAUCGUUGCCGGGGGCCGCGCGGCGGCCGUACCGAUCCCAGUUCCUCAGCUAGGCUCAUCGUCAGUUGGGAUACCGAACGCUUCCAACUUACAACAACUUCCAACUUUCAACAACCGGAUAGGAGACGCGACUAAACUCCGCGGAGGACUCGCUACUCGCGGUCGGGGAAACCAGAUAACCAAACCUCUCCUGGAACGGAAACGACGCGCCCGGAUCAACCGCUGCCUGGACGAACUUAAGGACCUCAUGGUUGACGCGCUCGAGACCGAAGGAGAGAACAUAAGCAAAUUGGAGAAGGCGGAUAUACUGGAGCUGACCGUACGCCACCUUCAACGGCUUCAGGCCUCUCGGCCGUCCGGACUUUCGUCUUCGGCGAUCCCGGGAGAGGAUUCGUCCGAAAGCCGAUGGAGAUCUGGUUUCGGACACUGCGCCGCGGAAGCUUGCAGAUUCCUCACGGCUCUUCCCGGGGAAGCGGCCGAUCGUCUCGCUCGACAUCUCGCAUCGGGUCUCCACGCUACCAGGCAAUUGGAAGUCGAGGUAUCUCAAAAAUCAAAUUCACCGCCCCUGUCGCCGCCCACUCCGAGAUCUGGUUUGGUUUCUCCGCGGCUAGCGAGUUUGGAUAAAACGGCACAACUUUUGGUACCUUCUUCCGUGGUGAGUCCGUGCGGCUCCCGACUCACCGACGGAUCUCCGCCGCCCAGACAAUCCGUCGCUCCGUCCCCCCGAGCGUCGCUGCACCCUUAUUCCCUCGGGAAGAGCAGCGUUGCCUCUCCCUGCAGGGCGCAUAAAGAAACGACGUCGUGCGUUACCGGGAGCGCGCAACAGGUCGGUAAGGAUACACCGGUACCCGGUGACGGGUUGGGCCCCUCUGAAAUUCCAGGUGCUGAGCCGGGCCCAAUUGUCGUACCUACAGUCGUCGAUGAAAUGAAAGUUCCCGUUGCCGACGACGAGGAGGAAAUCGACGUUGAAAAUAUCGACGAAAGUGACCCGAUGUGGAGACCCUGGUAGUGGUGCGCAACUUAUGUUAUUUUCACGCGAUAUACAUUUAUACGAUAUAUAUAUAGCGGCGCGGUAUUACGUCGUAAAUAAUUUUAUGAUGACUAUUUUGAAUAGAUAUUCAUAUUUAAGUGAUAAGUGAUCUUCAUCUUUGAUGAUAAUGUGAUACGAUUGCCUUGUUCUUGUUUUUUUUUGUUCUUCAUUCUAAUUUUUAUUUUCAACAAUUGAAAAUUAUUAUUACGUCUUAGCCCAGCAUUGUAAUAUUAUUUUGUUUCUGUGUUUCUCUCAUUUCGUUUUUCCCUGAAUCGUGUGUAAUUCGUAUUUGAUAAAUGCUUCCUCGAUGUUGGAAUUUAAUAAUCUGUGAUUGUCGUCUUCGAAUGCCUUCCGGUUGUUGAUUGUUAAUAAUGAUAACGUUGAUAAUUAUAAGUAAAACGAAAAAAAAAAAAAAAAAAUGGUAUGCAUGUACAACUUGAAUUCUGAGUUUUAUACGUACCUUAACUUAUUGCAUUAUUUAACGACGGACGACCGUUAAUUGAAUUCGCUAGAUAUAAUUUGUAUUGAACAUAAAAUUUUACUAUUACCAUUAACAUAAUUAAUGUUAAAUAUUUUGGUACGUGGCUUUAACGCGAUAGUUUAUGAAAUUAUCUGAACAACUGUUAUACAGCUCUGUUGUUACGAAGUUUCAGAUAAAUUUAAUUAUCGAUUAUCACUUUUUCAUUACCGAUUGAUUACAAAUAAUGAGUAGGUAAUCAACCGUUAUGUUAGAUUAUUGAUGUUACAAUAUUUCUCUGAAUAUAUCUAUUCACGAUAAUGAGUAUAUAAUUCAGAACCAGAUUAUAUUUACACGAUUUAAGUAUAUUUUCUUCCUUCGACUGUCUAGGAUUAUCUAUCAUUAUUACUUUUAUUAUCAUUCUACCGAUUCAAAAGUACUUUACAUUUAUGAAACAUUCGAUCAACGAAAAAUAGAAUAUUUAUGUGUGGUGAUAUCAAUCGUUUCGAAUAAAAUCUUGAAAAAGCGCUCAUUUGGUCGCGACUCUCGUUGUAGUACUGUAUACAUAUUUUAUGAAAUGAUUCUAAAAAGUUGAAAGCAUAUGUUAUGUAUCACAGUAAGAUUAUUAUUAUUAUUAUUAUUAUUAUUAUAUUAUUAUUACUAAUAACAUUAUUUUAUAAGUUAUUGUAUUUACUAUAAAGUUUAUGACGAUUGUAGCAAACAUAUUUAUUACACUACUUCGACCUGGCUCACGCAAUUGGAAUGGAACGAAUCUGUGACUAACAAUAAGCUACAGUCUUUGAUUUUUUUCAAUUGCUGAGCCAAAAAAUUGCGAUCUUUUUCAAA